UUUCAACCCUUUGCAGAACUUUGACCCUUUGGAGGCGGGACAAUCAGCAGGGGGAGGCCUAGGUCCCAGCUGUGGCUUUGGGCAGCUCAAACUGCCCUGAUCAGUCAGCUGGAAGAGCCUGGGGCUCGUUUCCUCUGGUUUGGAGCUCACUCUGCUUGAAAGCCCGGCCUGCCCUGGGGGCUGCUUGUCUCCUCUUCUGGGGGCCCACAGGGAAUAAAAACCUGCCCAGGCAGGGGCCGGACGGACUACAUCUCCCGGCGUGCCCAGCACAGUGGUGGCCUCUGAGUGCCGGCUGCACCGGUUGCAGGCGACGAUGAGGCGGGCAGGGAGCGUGGUGGCUUGGCUGGGCUUGCGCCUACAGGCGCCCCCCUCGACCCUGGGGCGAUCACUCAGUUGUGCACAGGAUGCACUCCGCAGGACGCCGCUCUAUGACUUGCACCUGGCCCAUGGCGGGAAGAUGGUGGCGUUCGCGGGCUGGAGCCUGCCUGUGCAGUACCGGGAUAGCCACAUUGACUCACACCUGCACACACGCCAGCACUGCUCACUCUUUGAUGUAUCCCACAUGCUGCAGACCAAGAUAUUUGGUUGUGACCGGGUGAAGCUGAUGGAGAGUCUAGUGGUUGGAGACAUUGCGGAGCUAAGGCCAAACCAGGGGACACUGUCACUGUUUACCAACGAGGCUGGAGGCAUCCUAGACGACUUGAUUGUGAUCAACACCUCUGAGGGGCACCUGUAUGUGGUGUCCAAUGCUGGCUGCUGGGACAAGGAUUUGGCCCUCAUGCAGGACAAGGUCAGGGAGCUUCAGAACAUGGGCAAUGAUGUGGGCUUGGAGGUGGUGGACAAUGCCCUGCUGGCCCUGCAAGGCCCCACUGCGGCCCAGGUGCUACAGGCUGGUGUGACAGAUGACCUGAGGAAGCUGCCCUUCAUGACGAGUGCUGUGAUGGAGGUGUUUGGCGUGUCCGGCUGCCGUGUGACCCGCUGUGGCUACACAGGCGAAGAUGGUGUGGAGAUCUCAGUGCCGGCAGCAGGGGCAGUCCACCUGGCAAUGGCUCUGCUGGAAAACCCGGAGGUGAAGCUGGCAGGCCUGGCAGCGCGGGACAGCCUGCGCCUGGAGGCAGGCCUCUGCCUGUACGGAAACGACAUUGAUGAACACACCACACCUGUGGAGGGCAGCCUCAGCUGGACAUUAGGGAAGCGCCGCCGAGCUGCCAUGGACUUCCCUGGAGCUGAGGUCAUCGUUCCCCAGCUUAAGGGCAAGGUGCAGCGAAGGCGUGUGGGGUUGAUGUGCGAGGGGCCCCCGAUGCGGGCACACAGCCCCAUCCUGAGCACAGAGGGUACUGUGAUUGGUACUGUGACCAGUGGCUGCCCCUCGCCCAGCCUGAAGAAGAAUGUGGCGAUGGGUUAUGUGCCCAGCCAGUACAGUCAGCCAGGGACCUUGGUGCUGGUAGAAGUGCGGCGGAAGCGGCAGGCAGCUGUGGUCAGCAAGAUGCCUUUUGUGCCUACAACCUACUAUACCCUCAAGUGAGGGUGGAUGGGGACAGGGCCCUCCCCUCCAACAGCCUUGCCCUGGAGGGCAUUCUAUAAGUGGUUAGUUAGGAAACUGAGACAGAAAAGAAGGGUGGGGGCGGGGGUGGGGAGUAUAAAGGUGGAGGCUGGCUUUAGUUAUCUGGUUGAGGAAGUCUGCUCCAUCUAUUCUCUCCUGCCCCACCCCGACUCCCCAGUGCCACUCCAACUUGAGGACCCUUUUUCUGAGCAACAUACCAGCUUACCCAAUACUCUGUUUCAGCCCACGCUCCCACUGACCCCUCUUACCCGCUGGAAGGCUGUGAGAAACACCAGUUCUGGCAUCUCUCCCUUCCACUCUGCCAGGUCCUGGCUGUGGAGCAAAGGCUCACCUUUGCAGGAAAGCAAAACCCUGCCCAACCUACCUCUCAAAGCUGUUUCUCACACUACAAAGGCUAUUACCUUGGGCAGUGCCAGAUUAGGCCACCUCCUCCAAUUUGCUUUUCCCAAAUGCAAACUGUGGCCUUUCUCUGGGCAGCAAUGAUUCCUGACUCACUAAGGGUUGGCCCGGCAGGGCUGCCGUGCCUAUGUGUAAACUCGGGGAUGGCUGGGAGGCCAUGGGCUCACUCUUCCUUAUUCCGGCUUUGGCCCAGCCUGCCACCCAGUAGCAAACUAACCAUGCCAAGCUCACCACCUGUUGAGCUCCAGGACUGCUGUAGGGCUGGGGUGGGUCUCCUCCUGGAUCUGCCUUACCCUGAGCUGACCUUUGCCCCUGGGGCCCAUUACUGGACUAUACUGACUCCUGAAAAAAUUAAAUGAGCUUCCUUCUUCCUUGCUUGUCAUAGUUGUUAGCUUCUUUGUGCUUUAUCCACAGGGUUCCUGGGGUGCUACCCCAAUGCCUGCCAUCCUGACCUCCAUGAUCAGGCUUGGAAUAGGUUCUCCUUGAGAGGGGCCAGGCCUGAAAGGGCUGAUGGGGAUAUUCCUUUUGGGCACCCCACGAUCACUUUUCUAAGGAGCUGGCAUCAUCUCUUCACCUGUGCAAACCAUUGCAUUCUGGGUCCUGAAGAGCAACAGCCCCCGCCGCCCUGGGUGUUCCCACUUCAGUUACCCCUGUGCAUGCAUGGCCUUGUCCUGUCUGAAUAACCACACGACUGA